AUGAGCACCGAGCCUGUUGGGCGGCCAGUGCACGAGAUCAAAGACAAAAUGGAUGGUACGUUGCCAAUUCUACGGACGACGGGACGAACGAUUCGCUCCGCCUCUGUCUCGACUGCCACAAGACUGCUCGGUUACAAUCCCGCAAACGGCAUGUGGCAAGCGACCGGCAUUGCUAUCGCACAUGCUCCCAACAUCAUAGACCUGAGAUCACCCGGCGCAGUACAAUUUGACGUGUACGGUCGAACUAUACGUCGAGUGAGCACUCAGAUUGCGAGUGAUGUCAGGGAGUCCCAAAGCGCAAUUGCGCCUGCGUCUGAGGCGCACAGCUCGGAAGAUAAGGAGAAAGCCGGUCGAUCAGAUGAUUUACCUUCUGGUGUUCAGUAUUACCAUGCUGGGAGUUCCAAAGAAAUUUGCGAAAAACGUUCUCAGAGAAAAGCUUUCAAAAAAGGUUUCAUUGCGAUCUGGCGUUUCAUCCGUACACCUACAGGGCUUUUCAUAACUCUCUACGGUUGCAACGUGAUUGCUUGGGGUGCCAUGCUUUUUUUUCUUCUGCUGAAGGUUGGUCGGAUGAGCGAAGAGCGAAAGGAAGUUUGGAUUGAAAUCGACUCGCAGAUUCUCAAUGGGCUGUUCUGUUUAACUUCUUGGGGACUGGCACCCUGGCGGAUCCGUGACACAUAUUGGUUAUUGAUGUGGCGGAUUGGAUCAGGCAAAAGAUCACAAAGUUCGAUAAGACAGCUUGCAAAGCGAAACGCAAGUUGGUUUAGAUUGCCUGAUUGUGAUAUAGACGGAAGCUGCGACGAAACUACGUCUCGCAAGACCCUGACAGGCAAAUCUGCACCGGCAACCAAGACGUGGAAAAUGGACUUCGUUGUGAUCAACAUGCUCUUGAACAGCCUUUUCCAAAUUGGCAUGGCGACUUUCAUGUGGGAAUACAACCGACAUACUCGUCCGAACUUUGGAGUCGGCCUUUUUAUUGGUCUGGGCUGUUUUAGCUCUCUCCUGGCAGGGAUUUUGACCUGGUGGGAGGGGCGAAAAGUAAAGCUGAUUGAGGGCCCAAUCCUCCAAGAAGCCACCGAGGUAGACGAGAAUCAGAUGGUGGCAAUAGCUCUGUCUUGA